UGGGCAUGCGCAUUCAAAACUGUUUACACUGGAUUCAUGAUUCGGAAUGGCAGGGAAAACUGGCAGGAAAGGCAAAGGGAAGGGUUCUAGCCUGUUUUCAAGUUGUUAUCAUCGACCAGAUAAAGCAUAUUCCUCACACUGGGGUAACAUUUCCUCGGGUUUGAUUCCCUCAGCUGCCUUUGCUGUCGUCCCACGAACUCCCGGCCCCGAUCCCCCACCUGAUACAAACAUUGCUCUGGCUUCCUCCUCAGGGACACUGAACGCUUCACUGCUCGCUAAAGCCAGAGCCAUGAAUCCUCCAACAGCAGACGACGACCCCUUCAGUGACCCGGAAAGUAGUCUCUAUGACUACCAGGUCAUGGAGGAGGCUGGAAAGCUUCAAUCAAAGACUCCCAAGCUUAGGACAGUACUCAAAGAGCAGCGAUCCAGUACUCCCUUGGGAUCCUACAAGUCCUUUUCUCUGUCCACUGCUCCUGUGGGAUCAUUUAAGUCUUUUUCUGUAUCGAGUACUCCAAGAGAAAAUAGGUUCAGGUACUCCUCGGUAGAGUUUGGACAAGCCAGUGGAAGCAGAAAGAGAAUAAGUUACUCUGACAGAGAGCCAGCUCCUGUACCGGGUCCCUCAAGUCUCCGAGAGCAUGCUAUUGACGAGGAAAUACCCGGUCAGUUUUACCACACACUGGAAAAACAGGAAGACAUUGAGGACAGGAGUGCAUUGUAUGCUAAACCUGUCAAAAGAGGAAAGAGAACCAGUCAAGCAGAGGAUGCGACACUUCAACAGACCGGCCAGAGAGUACGGGAGGCGUACCGACAAGUUAUAGACCCAGACUCCGACGAAAUUCAGGAGGAAAUGACUACACAGAAGGUAACAACAGUUACUAUAGAGAGAGCCCCUACUCCAGUGGAGAAACCAGGAAGACAUUCCACACCAAGAGAAAUACAAGAGGAAAUUCUGGUCAAAUCCUCAACAGAAGACCAAACAAAACCAGAGGAAACUGAUGAUAAAUCUGGGGCUAGUCCUUCCCCCCGUCGUUCUGGUCGACAGUCGGGAUCUAAUACAGCCCGCAGUAUAUCAGAAAUACACACGGCGCGCAGCACAGACAAACAGCAGAGAGGACUGGAGGGUCAAAACGCUCUUCUACGCUCCAUCAAUGAAUCAUUAGAAGAGGAGGUGACAACAUUCAGGCAGGUCACGGCAGCCCUAGAAAAAGGGGAUCGAGACACUGCUGCUACCCUGUUGUUGAAGAAGCAGUUGACAGACAUGAAAGACGAGAAUGAAGUUUACAAGAAUACCAUAUACAGACUGAACAAAGAGUUUAGUGAGCUACAGACAAAGAGCAGAGUUCUCAAACCUGAGGAACGAGCGAUAGCUUCAGAGUUACUGGGUCUGCCAAAUAAGGGGCCAUGUCCAUCCUGGCUGAUAAAUACCAAGUAUCUGUCUCCCCUCUUCCUGGCCUAUGAUGAUAGACUAGAGGAAAGAGAGAAGAUCAUUAAGAGAUACCAGUUGGAGAUUGAGAAGUUGAAGCUACAGGCUGAGGACAUUGUGACAGAGAACCAGCAGCUACAGGAAAAGUUUGAACGAAUUCAGACGGAAAAUCCAGUAGACCAGAAUGACUGGGAAAAUUUGAAAGAGAAUGCUAGACUGGUUCUGGAAGAGAACCAGAAUUUACUUGAGCAGAUUGAAGUUAAGGAUCAGAAAGCCCAGGACAUGCACCAGGCACACAUGCAGGAAGUGUCUAAGGUGACCAAACAGUUGGUGCUAAUGAAAGCUGAAAAGGCCGACCAAGAUCAGGACUUGGAAGAAAUUAAGAGGCGAUAUAAAGAACUGAAAACAAAAUAUGAUGCCAUGGUUCUGGAGAACCAAGGACAGAGCUCAGCGGAAUCCUAUAUCAACACCAUAGCAGAACUCAAAAGGAACAUUACAGAAAAAGAAGAAAAUUAUCAUCAAGAGGUUCAAAAUCUGAAAAUAAAAAUCCAGGCUAUACAAGAAGAAAGAAGAACUCAGACUUUGAAUUUUGUGGAAUUACAAGCAGAAAACAAAAGGUGCCAAGCUGAACUUCGGGCCAUGAGGAAAGCUAUCAGGAAAGCGCAGAGUAAGAUGGUGUACCUGCAGAAAGCCAUAGAUCAGUCGGAAUUAAAGGAACAGAACGUCCAGGAUCAGCUGGCUUCUGUCAUCAAAGUGGCAGAGAAAACAGCAUAUGAGAGAGAUUCUUUUGCAAAAGCUAUUAAGGAUCGAGAAACAGAGACAAAGAAGGCCAUGAAUAAAAUGCUUCAGAACAGUGUGUCAAAGGGCAAAAUGGAGGAAAAGCUAAAGUUGUACAAGCUUAAAGCUGCUGCUAAAAUUAACACAGUUGCUGGAAGGUUAAAAGAACAAGAUGAAGUGUUUACAAACCAGAAGAAAGAGUACGAGCGAGAAAUAAAUCACCUACGUUUGAUUCUACAAGAGAAGGAUCACAAUCUACACGACAUAGCCACAGAAAGAAGGGAGGUGGAGGAUGAGUUGGAGAUUGUUUGGCAAGCUGCCAAUACUGAAAAUGACAGAAUGAAAACAGUGCUUCAAAAGACUGUGAAAAAAUUACGACAGCACGAACAGUUAGCGGAAGUUAUAGAUCAACACGAACCCAAGAAGAUUGUUUAUGUUUCGUCUGAUGGUGAAGGGGACUGAGAAACGCUCAAAUUAAGUCGGGAAAAGCAAUAUGUAGGAAAUAAUAUACUCGUAAUCCAAUCUGCCUCCAAUCUUCUAUGGGUGUAUAGGUUUGACAUGAAAGAAAACAAAUUGAUUGCAAACUUGCUCAUCUUUCAUAUUAGGAGAGCUUAAUUUAGAGAUUUUAACGGUUAUGUAAGGAAAAUAUUCAUUGCAUUUCACACAGCAGAUCAGGUGCUACAGUGGCAGCAUUUGUAGAUGUUGAAUUCAUUUUUUCUGGUUAUUAUGGCAGUACUUUUAAAUGUCAUAGAAAUUUGCAUUUUCAUUUCCUCGUAAUAUUUGGUGGACUAUGCAACCAGCAAUGAAAUGCCAAAGAUUCUUUUUUU